UCCUGCUUUCCUGUCUGCCUUUACUGCAUCUGGCUCCUCGUCCCCGGUCCUCUCUGCUUCCUAGCUCUCCUGUCCCCGGCUUCUAGCGCUCUGCACCGCCGCCUUUCCUCUCCAGGUGCGCACCGCAGCCCGGCGCUCCGCAGAGUGCGCUUGCGCUCUACAGCCGCGGGAGCUGGGCUGCCGGAGUUGGAGGAACUUCUGUGCCGCGGUGGUCGUCGCGCGAGCGCGGGAUCCAGGCUCCGGGAAGGAUACCGCGGAUACCCCGUGGGGCUGGGCAGGUGGCUGCCCUCGCGCGCCGGGCCGCACUCCUGCUCAGGAUGGGCUGCUCCAGCAGCGCCCUCGGCAAGGCCGGCGACAGCAGCAGACUCCGCAGCGAAGAAAGUGAGUCUGGCUUUGUCCAACCCAAACCACUUACACGGGGAAGAGAAGCUACUAUUUAUGACAAGGUACAAAAGGAAAGCCUUUCUCCCCUGGAGAAGCUCAAGAUUUCAGCAAUGUCUGCAGCUAAUGGUGUUAAAUCCCUCCAUGAACAGCCCAUGGCAAAGGUUGCUACAGACCAACCGGGAUCCAUGGAGAAGACUCAAUCUGUGGAGGGACUCAGGGAGUCUGGGCCACUUCAGCCAGGUGGCAAACAUGAUACUCAAAGAGCAGAAGUAAAGAAAGGUGUGGAAAUGGUGACAGGGGCCCAGUCUUCAGAAGGAAAUGCUGAGACUGAACCUCUAGUGGGGGAAGCCCAGGGUCAGCCUUUGAAGACAGCCGGAGAAAGGUACUCUCCUGGAGCAGUGGGUGAUACUGAGAUUCCGCUAACUGCCAGAGAGAUGAAACCUCUAAGAAUAGCUGAAAAAAUGCCACCUCUGGAAGCAGGUAGAGAGCCACAGCCUCAGGAAGCAACGGGAAAGCCCCCGCUCCUAGAAACUGUUCCCAAGGAGACUGAAAUUCCAGAAAUUUUGGAAGGAAGUCAGCUUGUUGAAACAACUAAAGAGCAUGAAGUUCAAGAAACACUGGAAAGGGAUGAGCAGUCCCAACUUCUAAAGACAAUGCCCAGAGAGAAAGAAUUUCCAGAAAUACCGGAAGAAAGUCAGCUUGUGAAAACAACUGUAAAGGAUGAUUUGAUUCAUAAAGCUCCUGAAGGUCCAGAAAACAUGGAGCAGAUUCAACCUGAAGGCAUAGUCGGAAGCGUGGAGCAUCCAGCAGGAGUGCCAGAAACGGGCACAGACAUGGAAAUGGUCAGGAAAAUCACCUCGAACAAAGAGGACCACCACAUCGAAGGUGAGACAGGAGAAAAGGUUGAAACAGAGAGGGAGGAAGUAAGCGAAGGAGCUGAAACACAAGAAGAAGAAAUGGGAGAAGCCGUGGACCUUUCAGCAGCCACAUAGAGAGGUGUGGUGAGAGAAGGGUGGUGGACCCGCAUUAUCAUAGAGCACAGGAAGACGGAGUGAGGCUGUGGUUACAGAGCUUAGCUUUCAAGAUCUACAUGUUUUAUACAACGAGUGUGGUUAUCAUGUUCUUGAUUACAUUGCUCCAUAAAAUGACUUAGCUGUAAACUGUUUUCUUAGCUGCUUAGACUAUACUUUUAAAAAGACAAUAGCCAGAGCCAAGAACAACUAGGGUUUAUGAGUUUGAAGGUGUUUUCUUCAUUGUGGGCAUGGGCCCAUUCAGUGUAGAAAAUGAGAUCCAAAAAUGAAAGUGUAAACCUUUAGGUAUAGGUGGCUGGAGGAGGGAGUUAGGAAAUUUUAAAGUGCUCAGGAUAAUAAAGUCACACGGUUAUAAUUACUAUGGAAUGAGAAGGAACAGCAAAAUGGUGCAAGCUACACCUGGGAUGCCUUUCCUAGCACAGAAUUUAAAGCUAGUAGAAACCUUAGCAAGUAUGUCAUCGAAUUACCUUCUCCCCUGAAGUCUGUCUAUUACUGCGGAGCCUUAUUCAUCAUGUUAAAUACUUUUAACAAAAUCCCUGUCAGAGGAAUUCACACUCUGGUGCUGCUGCAAGAUGAGACAUUUUCCCAACGGAAGGCUACACAUUUUCCAUGUGCCAUUUGAAUCUGUUGAUUUUUCCCUCAAGUGAGGUGUUUCAAUUGCUGUUCCCCUUUUGGCAUCGAAGUUAUUUUAAAGUAAUCGACUUUUAAAUGUGUUUCAAAGGCAACAAAGAGCGAGAAUUAAAACUUAGGUUUGUCACCCCUGUGGAGUUACUCCUUGGGCCCAAGUCUUUUUUGGAUUAUUGUGAUUUAAUAUUAGGCUAUAGAGGUGGAAAGCAGCUAAGAAAUCAAGUUUUUAAAACCAUGUACAAUCGUUCAUUAACAUUAAACGAGGCACCAUAAUAGAAAGUCACUUUUGGAGAAUUUUUCCAAAGUUGCCAAGGGAUUUUGGUAAGUGCUUAUACGUGAAUAAUAAUAAUAGCAACCUUGCCCACCACUGAGUGCCUAUGUUUAUGAGUAUCAGGAUAGAGUUACAUUCUGGAAGCAUUUGGUUUCUUUAUCUUUGUAAAUAUAUCUUUUUAAGAUUACUGCUCAGCUCCUGCAUUAAAAUGAUUACUAAGAUGACCUGUAAGUAAUAUAGGGUAUAGUUGGAAGAAUUAUCAUUUUAAUCCUGAGUGUAAUAUUAAUUUGUGUUUCUGACUUGGAAGAGUUGAGGUAGCCAACAAGCGGGGUUGCUCGAGUAGCUGGCAUCACUCCUUCUGCUGCGAGAAGAAGCUGGAUUCUGAUUUCAUUGAGAGCAAGGACCGUCGUGUAUAUCUGUGUGUUCAGGCAUGUAGCUCCUUCAACAGACCAUGAGAGAUGCUUGAUAAAUAUUUGUUGAGUCAAUGAAUGAAAAAUAAAUACCAAAGGCUCCCAUUUACAUUUACUUUGUUACCAAAGGAUAUAUUUAAAAUAUGCAUUGAUGUAACACAUUUUCCCCACCAAGGCUACUCAAACUCAAUAACAAGCUAUAUAUUUUGUGUAGUUCCAAAAAGAACAAUGUUUUUAGGUCAGAAAGUGACAUAAAGCAGAACUGAUGUAGCAUCUUUGAAUCUACAUUUUGUAAUCCAAAGUUGUUUUUCUCUGACCAAAAGGUAUUUUUAUAGAGAUAUCUAGUAAGUAAAACAUGUCAGAGCUUAGUGUAAAAUGUGAAUGAUCACCUUAAAAAGUGGAAUUAUACUUUUAUUAAGUACUGAAAGAGUAGGUAGGAUUCAUGUAUGUAAGAGGCAUAAAGUUCAUUCUCCAUCGUGUGGAUUUUUUUUCAAUAUCUGACAUAUGUUAGAGACCUAUUUAGAACUCAUGCUUGAAAGGACUCUUUCUCAAGAACAUUGUCAUAUUGUUGUAAUGUAAAAGUUUUCAAAUUUUUAUUAAUCCCAUUAUUUUCCAUUAACUACUAAAAUCAUUCUCAGGGAAAACUUGGAAAUAUUUAUAAAUUUAUGGUACUUCCUACACUUUUACCUUUGGCCUUUAAUAUGGUUACUAACACCUUGUUUAGAAACUGUUCUUAUUCUUUCAGAUAAUAUUAAGUUUUUAUUCAAAACUUACAAGGAAAAUUAAAAUGUUCAUACUAUUUGAAUAUUCCAAAAUUGAAAUA